ACAAACUUUCAAGCACCACUGUAAAUGUUUUGGUGUAUGUAGCUUUGUGUGUUGAACUGACUGGUCAAAAGAUGUUGGUUAAUUUUCUGUAAUGGCAGCUCUGACUGCAGUCGGAAAUCAUAUUACAUUGACAUUUAUUGUACAAGGAACCCUACAAUGCCACAAGUAGUCCAAAGUCUUAAAGCGAUUAACCAGGACAUUUUGAAAUUAUAGGGUUAUGAAAUGUCAUCGUUAUACAUUAAUACAAGAUGUCCUAGAUGGAAAAAAAUUAAGCGGACUUUGGCUUGAAGAAAACAUGUUAAAGUUGUAACAUCAGUCCAUUGUGUCAUUUCCCCGGGUGUGGCCGUACUGGAUUAGCCACGUACAUGGAUGGAUGUAUUAGGAGAUGAAAAUGAGGGUGGUGCUGUGUGACGUAGGAUUCCACACGUCGUCUUCAUUCCGUCCUGGAUCCAAAACGUUUAGCCGAGUGGCUUCAUAAGGUAAAGUGAGAAAACUUUACUCCUGGAAAAGGGAGCAAAUUGUGCAGUGAGCAUUUUAUAGAAGAUUGUGGAUUUGUGGAGGACUUGUAUGAAAAAAAAAUCACUGGGAAGAAGUGAGACACGAGGCAGAAACGACAGCUGAAGCCAGACGCGAUCCCAACUUUGUUUCAGCACAAAACUCUGACAGCAUACCAUGUCAUGCAUCAAAAGGAUGGAAGAUAAUCUCAUCUCAUUAUCUCUAGCCGCUUUAUCCUGUUCUACAGGGUCGCAGGCAAGCUGGAGCCCCCUAUGAAGGUAGGAUAGUGCCAUAUAUCCGAAGAAGAGCAGACUAUGAUUUGCACUUGUAAAACCCGUAAUUCGCAACUUGUGAAUGCGCAUCUCAGAGUUUGUAAGUGUAACUUCAGAUCCACACAUCUGCAAAAAGCAAACUGCCAAGCAUAUUUCACAACUUGUGAAAGCGCAUCUUCGAAUUUGCACUUGUAACUUCAGAUCUGCAAAGCUGCACAACAGGAUUUGCAUGUGCAGGUUCCUAUUUGCUCGCUCAGUUGCGUCAUCCUUCUCACGUGAUUUUUGGCACGAUUCACUCGGAUGGAGAUUUGAAGGAAACGAUUUGCGCGCAGAGACCAGGAAUGCCUGUUCUACCACUUUUGUCCAGGAGGUGGCAGUGUGGUUAUUGGCCAUGCAAAGUCGUAUAUAGGGAUAAUAUCUCAAUAAACGGCUCUGUGGCCAUGAAUCUUGGUCUGCGCCACGGCGCCACGAAAGCAUGGAGGGAAGAGGUGUUCAACAACGUCUUGAUGGAACAUCAGAGCUAUCAGAACAAGAGAAAGCGCGUGUUCAGAAUUUGGCCUUUGCAUGGGACCUUCCCAGAGUAACUGAAAAUAACCAAAGAUGGUUAUGUGAAAAAAUGCUUCCUCAUUCUGUCAUUGGACGCACCACCAGACAAGUGAAGCAACUGCGCAAGGGUCUAAAAGAGACUCAUCUCAUGACAGAAAAACCUGAUGUGGUACCCUUAAUUUUUCCAAGGGAGAAGGAUGCCUCAUUGACUUCAGAGGCCAUUCUACGUGUAAUUACCUGGCCCAGUGCUACAGAUGACGACUCUGAAGAUGAAUGUCCAGUCGAAACUACAAGUCGCAUAACAGGAUACCUUCGUGAAUUUAUUGAGAAUGCAUCCAGCAAUGACCGGAAAGAACUGCUGCGUUUUUGGACUGGAUGGGAGGUCUUGCCCCAUGAACUCAUUGUCGCGAUGACUUCAUCAAAGUACCCAAGAGCAGCAACUUGUUUUGAAACACUCCGUCUUCCCACUCAUUACACUGAUUUCAGGCAGUUUCAAAAGGACCUAGAGGCGUGCAUCAAAACAAGCAACACUGGAUUUGGGCUCAUAUAACAAGUGACACAGGCAUAAAGUUAUUUUGAUUGACUUUCUACAGUAUAUGCAACCUUUCAUGUAAUUUCAUUCAAUUUUUUUAAGGUUUAGGUUCUUUGGAAUGACUGUUUUUGUCUUUGUAGAAGCACUGCCUGUUAAGUGUGUCAACAUCUAAAAAGUGAAGAAGGGAAAAAAAACAUUAAA